AUGGAAAGUGGUGGGCAUGUUAAUGGCGAGGACUGCCAUUUAACCCCAAAUCGAGUAGCUGCAACGGUGACCGAAGAAUCGCUGAACAACCAUUCUCUGCUCUACCCAGGGCUUCAGGAUAUUCGCGAGCUGUCUGUCCAGAUCGCGCUCGAUAUUUCCGAUCAUUUUUAUGAGAACAAUCUUGCUACACUCCAUCCCGAACCGGAAGACAAGGAAAUGUUCAUUCGUCAACAAAUUUAUGACUAUACAUA